CUCCGUUAAAGAAAGGUGAACAAUCGAGUUUCACCAAGAUGAAGGGUGUGUUUGCUGUGGUCACGGUCCUAACUGUCGCGGUAGCGUCAGCGUCAUACAUUCCCCAACACGUCUACGGCGGCGCAGCCGGAAUCUACGGCAACGCCGGUCGAGCCUACCACACCAAUGGGGGUGCAGGUAGACUUUACGACCAGUACGCCGCCUACGGUGCUGACCGCGGAGUGAACGGAGGCCGCCACGCCGACAACGCCGCCAACUACGCUCGAGCCCGCAACUACAAAAACAACAUGGCCACCCACGGCGCCAACCACUACGCCGACGGCGCCGCCCAGCAUAACGACAAACUCUACGCUGAUCACGCCCACAGCGCUAACGCAGGACAUCACGACAACGCCGCUAGCGCCUCCAACGGUCACCAAGCUGGCAAGGCCGCGAGCUAUUAUAACCACGCCAAUGGCAACAACCAUUAUAAUAAGGGCGACAGAUACGGCGACCACGUGAACUACGCCUACGACAAAAAGUACGGCCACAAAAAACACGAAGACGGCGACUACUACCUCGACGACCACACCGACUCCAAGAGCCUGGACCAGUACAACGACCACCAGGACGCCGCCAACGCCAAGGCCGCCGACAGCGCCGACCACAAACACGCCCACAACGCCGGCUACCACAACGCUGGCCAGAAGUACGGCGACAACGCCCACGCCAAGAACUACGGAGACUCCAAGUACGGCGACGUUGCCAACAACGCGCAAGCCCACGACGGCUCCAACCACGUGCACGACGCCAAGUACAACGCUGCCGCCGGAAGCGACCGCUACUUCGACAAGGCUCACAACUCCGCCAUCAAGAAAUACGACGACUACGCUAACAGGAAUGGAGCAUACAAGAAAGGUUACGGAGGUAAAAUAGGUUACGGAAACCACGCUGCAAGCUACGGCGGUGCUCACAACCACGCUGACGCUGCCAACCGCCGAGUAGGCGCCCAUGCCGCCAACGUCGCCCACGCAAACGGCCGAGACUCGAGCAGGGCCAGCAAGUACGGUUACGACCACGGCGACAACAGCCAGCGACACGGGUCCGGCCACGCCGACCGCAACGGCUUCAAGCAUCACUCUGGCGCUUCCGUUGCCGGCCGAAACGCCUUCGGACAGAAGUACGGCAACUCCGCCGCCCAGGCCGGUGCCGGCGCCGCCCACCACGAUAACUACGCCGACAAACACGUCGCCAACGUUCUGAAGCGCGUGUACCACGACAAGGCCGCCAACCACCGCACCGCCAAGAAGUUCCACCACUCCAGCGGCAACAGCGGAUCCGAUUACGAGAGACUGGUGUACGACCGAAAGAAGUUCAACGACGACUACGGCACACAGGGACACCACCACGACGCCGACGGCAAGGCCCUCAAGAAGGGCUACUACCAGAACCAGCAGGCCCAGGCGGCGCUCCACAACGACAAGUACGCCCAGAACUACGGCCGCGGUCGCUACAACAACGCCAACAACAACUACUACAGGGCCGGCGACCGCGCCCACCAGAGGAACUACAACGACAACGGCCACGCCAACGCCGCCGGGGCCAACGCCGCCCACGCCGGUGCCAAGUACAACGACUACCAGCACGGCUACGGUCAGAGCCGUCACGGUGCCCUAGCCAACGGCUACCACAACGGCGCUAGUGCCGCACGCGGCUACGGCAGCCUUGGUGGUCAACACUCGGGGCCCGCCGCCGCUGGUUUCGUAGGCGUCGGAGUCGCCGGAGUCGCCGGAGUCGCCGGAGUCGCCGGACGUGGAAUCGUUGGUAAUGGAUUCGCCGGACACGGUGUAGGAUUCGCCGGACACGGAGUAGGAAUUGCCGGACACGGAGUAGGAUUCCCCGGACACGGAGUAGGAAUUGCCGGACACGGGGUAGGAGUUGUCGGACACGGAGUAGGAAUUGCCGGACACAGGGUAGGAGUUGUCGGACACGGAGUAGGAAUUGCCGGACACGGGGUAGGAGUUGCCGGACGAGUUUAUCCAAGGUAUUCAUACAACGCUUACCCAGGCUACUACUACAACGGAUACAACAGGGCUGCCGUCCACUAAGUAGCAGACAUUAUCACUGACUGUGUAAAAAUAAUUGCUUGUUUACUUUCUGUACUGGAAGUCUUCAAAUGUAAAACUGGUGGUUUUAAAAAAUGUCUUGUAUUUUGAUUUUUUAUUUUUCGUUGUAUAUUUUUUUUUCGUCUAUUGAUGCAAAUAUGGGGUAGAUCCACAAAUAUAUGUUCUGAAGAAG